CUUCCACCGGUAUAUAUAAGGGGUAGAUCACCGUAUUCUACAUCAGUUCAACCGUAACCAUCCACCAAUCGACAUCUGCAAAAACCAAAAUGAACGCCUUAACUUUCGUGGCAAUCGUAGCCCUCGCUUCAGCCGCUUGUGCCGAGGACUCUAAAGCUUCAAAGAAACAGGAUAAGCGAGGAGUUCUUGGCCUGGGAUACGGGGGAUACAGUGGCCACGGACUUCACGGAGGCUUGGCUCUCGGUGGUUACGGCUACAAUGGUCUUGGACACGGAUACGUAGCGGCUCCAGCCUACACAGUGGAUCACACGAUAGCCGCACCCGUCGCUGUGUCUCACGGUGCUCACAGCAUCUCUAGUGCACCAAUCUUAUCCGCCCCAAUCCGGGUCGGAUACGAGCAUGGUCUCGGAUAUUCAGGACAUAAUCUAGGAUAUUCAGGACAUAAUCUAGGAUUUUCAGGACACGGUCUAGGAUAUUCAGGACUCGGUCUGGGACACGGACUGGCUUAUGGUCACGGGUGGUAAUGCAGAUCGAAGACGAAGAAAAAAAGUGCUCGAAUAUUUUUGUAAAUCAGUUUUUUUUCUUCCUUUUUUUACUAAUGUAGAUUUAUCAUUAACCUGCACUUGGAAGAAGUGACUAU